AUGGGAAGGCCAGUAGCUUUAAAAGCUCACUUGGCAAAUGAAUGUUUGGCAUGUCCUGAAGAUAUUAUCAAAUAUUGGCGUGAUAAACUUUCUGAAAAUACGGUGAAUUACACCCGAAAGAUGCAUUUUUCACAAGAUCAAACCCAAAUUCCAAAGCCUCAGUACAAACAAACCAAAAUUGUAAACCAUUUUAGUUCAGAUGAGCCACUUCCUCCUGAAAUAAAUAACCGUAUUGAUUGUUCUUUAUUAAAGGCAUGGGUGAUGGCAGGGAUUCCUUUUGAAGUUGUUGAGAAUCCCUUUGUUUUGGAUUUAUUUAAAAAUUUAAAUCCAGCAUAUAUCCCUCCAUCUCGAACUACUUUGUCUGGUAGACUUUUAAAUGAAGAAAUUUCGCGUGUUAAUAAAAAGGUUACAUCUGAAUUGGAGAUAGCAGAUAGUUUAACUUUAAGUUUAAAAGAUAUGAAGAUUAAUAUUGAGAGAUUACAAAUAUGGUGUAAGACUAGAUGGGUUUCAUUGUAUAUGACAGCAGAUUCAAUUUUAUGUGCGCGUCCUGUUUUUGACUGGAUUUUAUUAGAACAUAAUGGUAUUGUUACAAAUUCAAACGUUUAUCUCUUAAUUCAAGAUGAAGAAUUUUUUACAAAUUGUCUUCAUAUUCGUUCAAUUUGGGCUCCCAUCAAGGAAUGCAUUAAUAUCCUUGAAGCAAAAUCAGCUUCUUUAGCUGAUUGUUUCGUGCAAAUGAUCAAAUUAGCAAUUGCUAUAUUUCGUCUCCCUUCAUCAAAUCCCUUUAAAGCUUCAGCAAUUCAGAUUUUUAAUCAUCGUUAUCUUGAAUUUCAGCAUCCUGCUUACUUAUUAUGUUAUUUUCUUCACCCUUAUUAUCGAGGUCUAGGACUUAAUGAUGAAGGAUUUAGAAAUGCAGCAAUAACUGCCACAACUCUCUGGCAAAAUUUAGGAUAUUCUGAACAAGAAUGUAGAGAACUUCUUACUCAAUUCCGAAAAUAUGAUCAAAAACUUAAACCUUAUGAUUUAUCUUAUGAUAAAAAUAUGGAUACACCCGAAUUAUGGUGGAGUUCUAUAAGAAGUAAACCAUAUUAUUUACGAGAUCUUGCACUUCGUUUAUUUUGUAUUGCUGUUUCACAAGCAGGAUGUGAACGAAAUUUUUCUGUACUUAAAUGGAUUAUUGGAGAUAGACGCACAAGGCUUGAUGUUCAAAAGCUCGAAGGUAUUUCUAAAAUUCGUUCUUAUUACUUAGCAAGCAUUAAAAAUGAAUUAUCAUAUUAUGGAAAGCAUUUGGAUGAAGCAGAAUUAAGAGAAGUUGCCAAUACCUCUGCAGUUGGUGAAAUUAUUGCUUUAGAUGAUAAUGAUAAUGAUACUAAUUAUCUGCUAUUAGAGGAAGAUCAGGAAAGAGAAGGUACACAAGAACGUACUACUUUAAUAUUGGAGGACAUUAUUGAUUUUACACAACCAAUUUUUGAAAAUGCAGAAAAUGUGGAUAAUAAUACUAAUGAAGAAAUCAAUAUAGAUAGAAAUAUGGAUUUUAGUCCUAUUGAUUUAGUUAACCAAAUUUUAGAAAACUAA